AUGCGAUGCCUCGAUCACAAAACCAGCCACCGUGAUGACUCUGAAAGCGAGACAGUCCGAUCCAUGAGCCGCUAUGACGUCAUCGGUACUUUGCGGAUGUUACCGUACCUCGUGAUGUCAGGAUUCUUCGGUCACAAUUCGUACACGUGUUUCUUGUCUUCCCGUUCAAACCAGCCCACCACCGAUGAAAGAAUGAGUUCCAGGCAAGUGUGCCGUCACAAUAGGAGAGCAAAACGGCACCGCCAAGUCUUGUCAAGCACGAUGAGCGGGCUCGCCACUCAGCCACAACAGCGCCUUCCAUCUGACAGCAGCCCUGCCAUGCUCAGGAUGCGACCUGGGACCUGUAGCCAGUCUACCCAUUGAGUCGUGACCCUCUUCCUUCGCUCCCUACCUAAGUCUACAAUGGUAGCGCCGCGAUCUAGCCAAGCAAUAGCACUAUUUCGUCGGUUCUUCCGCGCACAUCGCGCUCCUGUACGUCAUAAGCUGAUACAGAAGAAAUUAACACUGACACAGGGGACCUGACCUUCCCCGCCACCAACACAAUACCAGUUCCUGCCGCCUGCGGUCCGACUCAAACCAUCGCCAACCUCCACAAGCGGCCGCACCCCAGCCAUGGCCGCACACACGUCUACCCACCUCCGCUCCCUCUACCGCUCCCUCCUCCGUGAACUCCCCCCGCGGCCUAUUCUCAAGGUCCCGCGCUCACCGCUUCACGCCUAUCUUCGGGGCAUAUUUGCCAGCAGCGGCGCCCCAUCCUCACCCUCAUCCUCGGCUUCAUCGCCGUCGACAUCAUCACCGAUCACACCGACGGCGCAGCACCACCAAGCCCGCGCCGAGGCCGAGCAACUUGUCACAUACCUGCGCUGGCAGCGACAAUAUGUCGCGCUCAUUGAGCGCUACAACCCGGGCCUGGGUAUGGAUGAGGAGAGCGUGUCCGCCUCACCGCGCGCCGUAUCGGCAUGGACAUGCCCCUCAGGUACGCAGCCGGCGGCAGCAAAUAGGGGAGCGGAACAUAAAGCGGACGGAACGGCCUGUAGAGCGGCCCAAAGAGUUCGUCGAGGCUCGAAAGCUGGCGCCGGGUAUGUAACGUGGCCCAAUGCUUCGUGGGUCUUGUCGAUUAGUCUGCAACGCCCGCUGUAAAUUUCGUGCAGGCCGCUAUGACGCUGACCGCGGUUCAAUACGUAUGCUAGAUUAUAGCUUACCUCCGCAAAAACAUUACCAAUCAAUGGAGAUUUUUGCUCCUACUGUACUUGUUGCUGCAUGGCCAAUAUCUAGAGGCAAUAAAUCUAUUACCCGAAGGUGACUCUUGAUAAAGCCG